AUUUUUUUUUCAUCUUCUUCGUGUUCCAAUCAGCUGGAUUCCCAACAACUGCUUUUCUUGGUGAUAUUGUGCACGUCGAUUACUACCGUCGUUUUAAAACGUAGCUAUCUCUACCUAAAACAAAGCUAUUUUUUCAUAUAUCUCCUAUUCUCAAUUAAUCAUAAAAAUUCUCUAUUAAAUUUAUUUAAUAUAUUUUUUUACUCAACCAACUUUAAUCAUUCCCAACUACUUUUUUUGUCUUCUGUGUAAGAGGAAGUAAUUGCGUGCGUCGGUGACGUUGACAAGCUAGCCUAAAGCCAGGCCACGAGCCCAUUGCUACACCAGACAGGCCGGCCUGGUUGGCCCAGCACACAUUUAGCCCAGCAGUAACAGUGCCAUUUCCCGGGUUCUUUGCUCCUGCCAACCAUCCGACGUGUCGUCUCCCCGUGCCGCGCCGCGCCGCGCCGCAUCCCCUUCUCCACUUUCUCCCUGAUUUCUCUCCAAACGUCUCGAACCGCCACGUAGCUCGGGGGCGGCGGGACACGUGGCGGCCCGCAUCCUUUUCCUGCACCCUUUUUCUCUUUUUUUUUUUUAUACGGCGACCACCGUGUACCUUGCAUACCAUAUCAAGCACAAGCAGCGGAGCGGAGGCAGGAGCAGAGGACGUCGGAUCGCGCGAAGACGAUGGAGGGCGGCGACGGGAGGAAGGAGACGACGGCGGCGGCGAGGGCGCAGAAGGAGGCGGCGGCGGCGGGAAUCUCCGUGCGCGAGUCGCUGCAGCACGCCUGGGCCUCGUUCCUUGGCCUGGUGAGGAAGGUGACGGCGAGGAGCGAGGAGGAGGCGGCGGAGGCGGACAUGAGGGCGGCCAAGAUGCAGGUGGAGGCCACCGACGAGGCGGAGGCCAAGAAGAAGCAGCUCGCCGACUGACAGCCGCAGCAUGGCCACAGCGACGCAGUUCUGUUCUGCUCAGCCGCUCUUGCUUCGUACAAGUAGCUUGUAACAUCUGAAAACUAGUUGUAACUUGUAAGAACAUGGUAGUCACAUGGUGUGCUAGUAUGCCACUCGCACGAUUUUUCUACCUGUUCGUCUCUGUAUGUAAGUAACGGAAUGUCAGAAUCUAGCUACAGCUUUAUGAAUUACUCCAGCUGCAAGUUUGGUAAUAAUGGUCAUUCUGGAUUGUCUCGAA